UGGCAGUCCGUCCCCAGUCCAUGUGUCGUCCAGGGACUAUCGCCCGUGAGGCCGGGACUGCUGGAAGACGUGGAGACUGGAGCACGUCCGAGGAAUAGCAGUGAGCACACAGUGACAUGAGCUGAGGAAUGAAGAAAAUGUCGGUCAGCAUACAUGAGAACCGCAAGUCCAGAGCCAGUACUGGCUCUAUGAACAUCUACCUGUUCCACAAGUCUUCAUAUGCUGACAAUGUGCUAACACAUCUUAACCUAUUAAGACAGCAGUGCCUCUUCACCGAUGUCUUAUUACUGGCGGGAAACCGGUCUUUUCCCUGCCAUCGAGCUGUCCUUGCUGCUUGCAGUCGCUAUUUUGAAGCAAUGUUUAGUGGAGGUCUUAAAGAAAGCCAAGCCAAUGAGGUGAACUUUCACAAUGCAAUCCACCCAGAAGUUUUAGAACUCCUUUUGGAUUACGCAUAUUCUUCCAGAGUCAUAAUAAAUGAAGAAAAUGCAGAAUCCCUUCUGGAAGCUGGAGAUAUGUUAGAGUUUGAGGACAUCAGAGAUGCAUGCGCUGAGUUCUUGGAGAAGAACCUUCAUCCAACCAACUGUUUAGGCAUGCUUCUCCUGUCUGAUGCUCAUCAAUGUACCAAACUGUACGAACUGUCUUGGAGAAUGUGCCUUACCAACUUCCAAACCAUCUGCAAAACGGAAGACUUUCUACAGUUACCCAAAGAGUUUGUUGUCAAACUGUUAUCACAUGAAGAACUGGAAACUGAAGAUGAGAGGAUGGUGUACGAGUCUGCAAUGAACUGGAUUAAUUAUGAUCUAAAUAAACGUCACUGUUACUUAAGUGAGCUGCUCCAGACUGUACGAUUAGCCCUGUUACCAGCCAUAUAUCUCAUGGAGAAUGUAGCUAUGGAGGAACUGGUCAUUAAGCAGAAAAAAAGCAAAGAACUUGUAGAAGAAGCAAUUAGGUGUAAGUUAAAAAUUUUGCAAAAUGAUGGAGUGGUGACAAGUAUGUGUGCGAAGCCUCGCAAAACCGGCCAUGCUUUGUUUCUCCUGGGCGGACAGACUUUCAUGUGUGAUAAAUUAUACCUGGUUGACCAGAAGGCAAAAGAAAUUAUACCCAAAGCAGACAUUCCAAGUCCGCGCAAGGAAUUCAGUGCAUGUGCAAUUGGCUGCAAAGUCUAUAUCACUGGUGGAAGGGGUUCAGAGAAUGGGGUUUCAAAGGAUGUGUGGGUCUAUGACACACUUCAUGAGGAGUGGUCAAAGGCUGCACCAAUGCUGGUAGCACGGUUUGGCCAUGGGUCUGCUGAACUAAAACAUUGUUUGUAUGUAGUGGGUGGGCACACAGCAGCAACUGGCUCACUCCCUGCAUCUCCAUCAGUGUCUUUAAAACAAGUGGAACAAUAUGACCCAUCAACCAACAAGUGGACCAUGGUAGCUCCUCUCCGAGAAGGUGCUAGCAAUGCUGCUGUGGUUAGUGCGAAGCUUAAAUUAUUUGCCUUUGGUGGGACUAGUGUUAGUCACGAUAAGUUGCCCAAGGUUCAAUGUUAUGAUCCUUCUGAAAACAGAUGGAGUGUACCAGCCACUUGUCCACAGCCAUGGCGCUACACGGCUGCAGCUGUUCUCGGAACCCAGAUCUUUAUCAUGGGAGGGGAUACUGAAUUCUCUGCGUGUUCAGCUUAUAAAUUUAACAGUGAAACCUAUCAGUGGACUAAAGCUGGAGAUGUGACAGCCAAGAGAAUGAGCUGUCAUGCAGUCGCAUCUGGCAAUAAACUGUUCGUAGUUGGAGGCUACUUUGGAAUUCAGAGGUGCAAAACAUUGGACUGUUACGACCCAACAAUUGACGCAUGGAACAGCAUAACUACAGUACCUUACUCCCUUAUCCCCACUGCAUUUGUGAGCACAUGGAAACAUCUGCCAUCUUAAAGCACUGUUGACUGGCAUGAUGGACCUCAGCUGUGAAGAUUCGAGGCCAGCUCUUAGAGGAACAUGACAAAAGGACUUUUGAACUUAACAGAAGACGUUUGCCAAUCCCCGCACUCUCCCUCCUGCAGCUGGUGAUUCUGGCGCUCCGGCAGCAGAAACGGUUAAGAUUUUUCUGAACUGAAGAUUUUUUUUGUUUUUGUCUCGUUGUGCUUCAGAUAUCAGUAUUAACCCGCUAAGAUCAGAAUCCAAUGUAUCACAAGGAAAAUGUUUUAUUUUUUAUUGGCUUUGUAUGUGGAACCCCUGGGAGCCUGUUUAAUAUGUCUGCAGUGCUUGAAUCCAUCUGGACAGUUCUCUCUAUGGACGAGUUUAUCAUCUGAUAGAAAUGUCAGCACCAGCUGUGGGGGAAGCUGGAGGGUUCCAAGUAGCAAAGAUGUCAGGUUGCAUACAGUCCUAGCCGUGCAUAUCUUGACUUAAGACUACACAAGUGCGCCAUGCCACGGGCAUUUUCUAAAUUCGUGGUUUAACGCAUUCUCAAGAUUAACAAAGCAGAAAACCACAACUGUAACCUAGCCAGAAGGAAAAAAAAAAAAACUGUGAACAAAUAUUGGAUGUCUUAUUACCCAGAAUCCAUUGCCAUUUCAUUUGCCUAUUUAUAUAUGACUUUGUCAUUACAUUCCCAGUUGUCUAUUUAUUGUGCUGUCUGCAUGCUGAUACAAUGCUUGUAGUUGUAUUGACAUGUGAAGGGCCAUGAUUGUAUGUUUGAAGACCACUCCCAACAUUUCAGCACGGUGUAUUUAGGUGCCUGCAUGCAGCAUUGCAAACUGUGUACUCUUCGGUGUUUGACCAGAUCUUCAUACUAAGAAUGACGAAAUUUGUUAUCUGGUUUCAGGAGUAAAAAAAAAAAAUGAUAGAAUUGCACAUGUAGCAGGGCUGAAUUUGCCAUUUCUUUAGUUGCAUUUUUGGCAGACUAAGCCUGGACAAGCCCUUUCCAUAUGGACUAUUCUGAUCUUUGAAUGCCGUACAGAGUUUCCUCAAUCCAAUUUUAUGAUCAAUGGGGUGUAGAGAGUCCAGUUCCAUGUGGUCAACCGAUUAUGAGCACAUCUUUUUUUCAGUUGGACAACACAUCUUGAUAUAAGAGUUGUACCUAAUGACACCUCAGCUCUGCUAUAUUUAUAGCUAGCCGUAGCCGUCUCUGCUGCUAUGU